UUAGACAAUUAAAAAACGGAUUAGAGGGACUUUUAAAGUUUAACGAAAGUUUUCAGAAAAUUAUUGCCGAUUUUCGCCUGAAAAAUAGCGAACUAGCCACCGCCCGCGGAAAAAUAACCGAGUUGGAAGCCGAAUUAAAGAAAAAAGCUAGUUCGGUGGUGCUUUCUCCCUCUGAUUGCUCCCAAGAAUGUUGUAAAAAAGGCGAUUAUGAAGAUACUAAACAGCAAAAAGCCGCGUUAGAAAGUGAAAAUAAAAAACUCUCAGAACAAAACAGCGAACUAGAAAAAAAAUUAACUACUGAGGAAAAAACUAGCGAACAUUACAAAUGA